UGAGCAUCUUUUACUGUCAGAUAAACGGACUGAUACUUGCUCCACGAAGGAGGGGUCAGGGAGAAAAGAAGGACUUCCUUUCUAUAGGAAACUUUUCACAUCUAAUUCACACAGAGGUCGAGACAGAGAGAGAGAAGGAGGGAGGGAGCUGCUGACUCAGGACUUUCCCCCUCCUCCGUCCCCGUCUUCUGAGCGGUGUGAAGCGGCAGCGCAGACGUGAACGAGUUACAGCCAUGUCGGGCAUCCUCCUCCUGCUCCUGUCCUUAUCCUGCCUGGUGGCCACGGUGCCUCCUCCAGUCCCCUGCAGACACUGCUGUGAUCACCUGGAGCCAGCAGAGGGCAGCGGCGCCCAGCCAAGGAGUUAUGCCCCAGAGGUCCGCACAUACAUCAACAUGACCAUUCUGAAAGGUGACAAAGGAGACCGUGGUGAGAGAGGGACACCAGGCAAAGCUGGACUUGAAGGACCUCCAGGCUCUAUUGGGCCAGCGGGAUCAAAAGGCUCUAAGGGUCAGGCUGGUCUCCCAGGAGACCCUUGCAAAGUCCAGUACUCUGCUUUCUCCGUCGGCCGUCGAAAAUCCCUUCACAGCCUGGACUCCUAUCAAGGGCUUGUGUUCGACACAGUCUUCGUUAACCUCGACGACCACUUCAACAUGUUCAAGGGAGCAUUCGUCUGCCACAUCCCAGGGAUCUACUUUUUCAACGUCAACAUCCACACGUGGAACUUCAAGGAGACGUACCUCCACAUAAUGCAGAACGACACAGAGCGGGCGAUUGUGUACGCUCAGCCCAGCGACCGCUCAAUCAUGCAGAGUCAGAGCCUGAUGCUGGAGCUGGAGCUGAACGACGAGGUGUGGGUCCGCCUGUACAAGAGGGAGAGAGAGAACGCCAUUUACAGUGACGAUGUAGAUAUCUACAUAACGUUCAGUGGAUACCUCAUCAAGCCCAGUGAAGAGAAGGAAUGAAUCGGCUGAGUAUUACUGUACACGGUUGAGCUCGAAAGCAAUUUACCACAAAACCGUCCUUGUAGAUAAACACAUACUCAACAAGAUAAAAAUGUUUAUAUAAAAAGAAAGACUCCUAGCUUUACCAGAUUUCCCUGGUGGGCUGAAAAAAAUGAUUCAGAUUCAAAAUUUCAAUAUUAAUAUUAAGAAAAUAUGAAGUCGUCACCGAUUUAAGAAAACAAAACAAUACAUUUAACGAAAUCAACAAAUAAUGAGUUAAAUAUUAAAUAAUUUAAAUACUGCACAGCAGUGAGUGGCCUAACUAAAUAAAAUGGGCAGUGUGCUUUCUGGAGUAAGUAUAAAAAAACAAUCACCACAUGUUCACACGUCAACUGCACAGAAAAAAGCAGCAAGAUCUGUCAAGAAGUCUCAAGUGGCCUCUACCGCUUAGAUCUACUACACUGCAUGCAAGAAGCAGUGAGAAAAACCACACCAGCUCUCUGCAGAGCUUCCACUGUCUAGUCAAACAUAAGGCUCUGGGGCCAGAAUCGGCCCAGCGAAGACUCGAUUCCGGCCCACUGGAUGGCUUUAGUAAAUGUAAGGAGUGCAUAAAUAUUUAACUUUUAACUGUAUUUCCAUAAGUUUUACAGCUUUUCUUAUUGAUAAAGACUGCCAAUGGGGGUGGGCAGUCUUUAUCAAUAAGAAAAGUUUUUAACUAACAGAUAAACAAUUAAAUGACAGGAAAAGUUCCUGUUGUUCCGCUAAGUCCACUCUAAAUGAAUAACAAUAAUUAUAGGACAGUGUGUGCAAUAAACUAUUGUCAAAUUUUGUGUCAUUUUACACAAUUAUUUUACAUUUUACAUUUAUUUUACAUUUAUUUUACAUUUUACACAAUUAUGUUUGACUGCUUUGACCCAAAGAUCAAAGCGGGCUGUAUGUGGCUCAAUAAAAUGAGUUUGAUAUCGCCGGUCUAGAACCAAAAAAAGCAAAGAGAAAAACAGGGUUUGGCAACCCUAAAACCACACCAGAUUGGUAUCUACAAGGGCAAUGCUCUGUAUCACUAUUUUAAAAAAAAAAAAAGAAAAACUUGAAUUAAAUAUCUUUAUCUCAGGGAGGAAAAAAUAAAACCAUUUAAAACAGGAUACAUCAAACAAUCGGUGUGCAAUAGCCAGGCCCUGAAAUCUGCCUUUAGAUUAGAUUCCCAUUUUAACAGGUAUCACAGGAUAAGGUUGCAGGGUCUGCUUUGAGCUUCUGACAGGAGUGUAACAUAAGCCCUUCUUUUCUUCAGCUGGGGGCUCAAAGCCAAAGUCAGUCUGACUUUGGAAAACGGAGACGAUCAGUCGCAUUACCUUCUUGCACCAAUGACUCUUAUACACUGAUCCAGCAUCAGUCAAACAGAUUCAUUGCUUUCAGCUGUGCUCAUAAAGGGGAAAAUGACUGCCCACAAAUGUGAAACAUGCACAUUAGUUAGCUUUACAGGUGACUGUGGGCAGAUUCUGUUACCCUUACCUAAAGGUGGGGGGACUGUUUCCACUGUGCUGAGCUAAGCUGUAGUUUCAUAUUUGCCAAAUGAGAGAGGUAAAUAUAUUCUUAUGAACCCCACAGCAAAAAAACAUUUUUUACCCACAAAGCAGUUUCAUUGUGUUUGUCAAUCACGGACAUGUUUUUAAACCAUCAAAUAUCAAAUAAGUCUUGGUUUGGAAUCCAUCACUCCUGCCCCUGAUGUGUAAAACUAGAUGCAUUAAACAAAGCAUUAACUUUACAAAGAUGCAGGCUCAAUCUGUUUAUUUAACAUGAAAAAUUAUCUGUAUUUGGUGUUCAGAAGCAUUUUAUAUGACAUUCACUGGGAAGAUUUGCUGUUAGUGAGUUUUGCUAAAACGCGGUGCUAACUGAACUCCUGCUGAAUUUGGGUUUUGGAAAUGUAUAUUUUACAAAGUUUUCUUCUUUCCUUCUAAGAUUUACAUCUUCAGCUAACUUUAAUCUUUUAUGCAUGCAAAACCAAUAAAUUCAAAACACAAAUAGCUAAGCUCUGGCAGUCAUAGUUUAAAAUGACUCGAUACUCUAACGAGUGAGAAAACUGAUUCUCCAGACAACCGCAAAUGAAUGAAUGAAUGAAUAACUCUCACCUUCUAAUCCUGAGUCGUGCAUUAAUAACAGAUAAAUAACAGGCAGAAAAGUCUUUUUGUUGCAAAACUGCGAUGUCAGGGUGAAGUUUAACCUUUAUGAUGUCAUCAUUUCAUCUGAGUAAACCUUCACCUCUAACCACUGAAAACAUUUUAAAUCGUCCUGGAUUCCACAUAAACAUUUGUGUCAGUUUGAGGAAAUUCCCUGAUAGCAUUCGUGAGAUAUUACAAAGAAAGUGCAGACACACAGCCCGACAAAGUUAUGUCACUAAAGCUGUGAAGGAAAAUGAAACUACACUAAAGAUCACACAUGGACUGCAGAGCUUAAUGCAGCACAAAACACAAAUACUAAUCUGAUUAUUAAAAGCACUCCAAACAUUGAUACAUAAUGUAAUAUUUGAGAAUGUGAAGCAUUAAUUAAACUGUAUACACUAAAAAGUGAGCCAUUGCCAUAUUGCUUUAAACCUGCAUUCUUCCUAAUGGCCAGCAGAGGGAGACUUAUCAGGCUGUUAAAAGAAAAUAAGUAAUGUUACUUUCCUUUCCCUGUGACGAGAAUAAACAUUUUCAUUAUGA